UCCUCUAGAACUGGCCCAUAUGCGGACCCAAGUUUCGAGACCAAAUAUCAAAUUCCACCCUCAGCGGCGAGCUCCUCCGGUCAAAUCCUUACCGGCGAUAACAGAUCCUUGUGUAGGAAAUUCCCACAAGACGUUGGUCACCUUUAAUCUUGGUGUAUAUUGCUCCAACAUUAGCAGCAGGUCAGGUCAUUUAUGUGGCACAUUCUACAAUCCUGGUUUUUUGAAUUUCACAAACGAUUGGAGAGUAGAUGAUACCUGAUAAAUUACUCGACUAAUCGUUACGGCCUCUCCAUCACAAAGUAGGUGCUUGUUCCUGCUGCAAUGCCUUGCAAAUGAAGAAAGUUAGCUUGUUAUUGUGAUGUGAAUACGUGUAAUUCUUGGAAUAUAUGGAUUCUACAUCCAAGUACUCUCCCUUUUGCUUAAAAUGGCCAUGGGAUGUCCAUAACCAAAACCCUAAAACCCCUCUGCCAUGUACGUUUGAAACACCCUGGCUAUUCAAACCAUUCAAGAAUAUUGGCUCUGGAGUGUUUAAUUUCAUCCAAAAUAUAUCAAAACCCCAACCUUUAUCACCCGAAUUACAUUUCCAGUCGAAUGGUGGAGUCGGCCAAAACACUACCUUGAAGUUGAUGAAGAAAUUGACUCCUGCAGACCAAGCAGAGGCCGAGCAGAGUGCGUUAGCGUCUGCCUUGGCCAGUGGAAAGGAGGGUACUGUAAUUGAAUUUUACUCCCCCAAGUGCCGGCUCUGCAAUUCUUUGGUUAAUUUCGUUAACGAGGUUGAGAAUAGGAACUCUGAGUGGCUCAACAUUGUUAUGGCUGAUGCAGAGAAUGAUCAAUGGUUGCCUGAGCUUCUCCAUUAUGACAUAAAGUAUGUCCCUUGCUUUGUUCUACUGGACAAAUACGGGAGGGCACUUGCUAAGACGGGUGUUCCCAGCAGCCGACUGCAUGUUGUGGCUGGUAUUUCUCAUCUCCUCAAAAUGAAACGCCCACAACACUACUAAUGUGCCUAUGGUUGAUUGAUCCAGCAGCAGAUGAGAUUGUCGGCUUGUCACAGUAAAUUGCACGUAACAGUAUUUAGCUGUAGAGAUCGAAAGGAUGGAGCAAGUAAUGUAGUAGUUAUCAAGUGCAAGAUCUUUACUUGCGUUUGUUAUAGUUUCGUAAUCCAUUUUGGAGAUCCUGUUAUAUGAAUCCCCUAAAAAGUUAAAGGGAAAAGAAGGAUAAUGCUGCUUUCUGUUUUCAGUAUGCUGUAUGUCUAUAUUUCAUGCCUAGGAGUUCCCAUGAAUUAGCUUGCAGUUAUUAUGCUGGCGGUGUAUUUUACAUUUUGACUGUCCCAGUUAUGCUUUAUAACCUUCUUCGAUUGAUCUA